AUGGGCAUCAAAGGCAUUUACAAAGAGCUCGGCCCGGGCAAGCGAAUAUCGCUCUCCAAGCUUGCGGCUGACAGCUUGGAGUCGACAGGUCGACCUUAUCGUAUUGCCAUCGACUUUGCAAUAUGGCACUUCCAGACGCAGGCUGCGCAAGGUGGCACUAAUCCCGCAUUGAGGACUCUCUUCUAUCGUCUAGUCCGACUCCUCGGAACCCCAAUACAGCCAAUCUUUGUGUUUGACGGGCUGAAUAAGCCCCAGUUCAAACGAAAUAAACGAUCAGGCCGAGGAGACGGUGCUGCAACGGCUGCGGCUAAACACCUAAUACGACUAUUCGGAUUCCCUACCCACGAUGCUCCAGGCGAAGGAGAAGCAGAAUGUGCCUUGCUCCAGCGGCACGGAGUAGUUGACGCCGUUCUUAGCGAAGAUGUCGAUACAAUAAUGUUUGGGUGUACAAAAACGCUCCGCAAUUGGUCAUCCGAGACGAAGACUUCGACAGCACCGACCCACGUUUCACUAUAUGACGUUGACGACAUGGCCUUGGGGCCCUUGGGUCUUGAUCGUGAGGGCAUGGUGCUGAUUGCGUUGAUGAGUGGCGGUGACUAUCUUCCUGACGGGAUUCCCGGGUGCGGUGUCAAAGUAGCUUGUGAGGCGGCCCAGGCCGGCUUUGGCAAAUCAGUUUGCCGCCUCAAGGCAUCCGAUAGAGACGGUAUACAGGCAUGGCGGAAUUCUCUGCGGCACGAAUUACAAACCAACGAAAAGGGCUGUUUUAGGACAAAACACAAAGCGUUAAAGAUACCACAAGACUUUCCAAACAUCGAAGUUCUCCGCUACUACACCCACCCGGUUGUGUCUUCAGAAUCCAAUAUCGAGGCGAUUCGUCAGAAAAUGGAGCAAAGGCAAGCAUUCCAUCUAGAAGCAUUACGCGAGUUCACGCGAGAGACUUUCGACUGGGACUACCGUACGGGAGCUUUGAAGUUUAUCCGAGUCAUAGGACAGGCAAUGUUAGUCCGCAAUAUGGCCAACUCCAAUAUGCCCGAACUCCAGCACGUCAAGCGUAUUUCUGGGCGACGAACACACUUUAGCACAGAUGGUACGCCAGAGCUACGCUUGGCCUAUAUCCCCGAGGAAGUUGUACCCAUCGACUGGGCCAAAGAGGUCGACGAGAUUGUUGAUUCUGGCCGGACGGGAUUGGCGCUGAAUAGCGAUGAAGAAUUCGACGUUCAUGAGGAGAUUCCUGCCGUUAAUGCUCGAAAAAUAUUUGAUGUUUCCAAACCCGAUCUGGCCUGGGUGCUGGAAGGUUUGGUGAAGAAGCACGCCUCUGACGUUUUCCAAGAAUGGCAACUAAGGGAACAGGCCAAGGCUGUCCGACGAUCUCCUACAAAGACAAAAAAAACAAGGGGUAUCGCCAAGGCUCUCAAGGCCUCGGACAUGCCCCGAGGCUCCCUCGACAAAUAUGUCACAGUAACAAAGGCAGCUGUCUCUGGCAAUCAGACCUCUUCAAAGGCUCGUGAGCCAAGUCUGUCUCCUCUGAAAAGCCUCGCGCGCCCCAGUGCUAGACCGAGCAUAAGUAAGCAAUCCUCGUCCUCGCCUACGAGGAGUCCGAAACCAACGACAACCAGUGAAGGAAUCGACGGCUCACCAGUUACGCCUAGAUCGUCCAGCAGGCAGCCAGACGCGAUUUAUAUUUCGUCAAGCCCACCAGCUCCAGUGUCCAACAGUCCUGCCCCGCCUACGUCUAUUUCAGCAUCAACCCCCAGCGUGGUUUCCAAACUCCAACUGUCAAAGGGGGUUCCUGAGUCAAUAUGCUCGAUCGUUGAGGCGAGCCACUCCUCUGCGGGUCUGAGAAAUCCGUUGCAGCGGCAAAGAAGACGGCAAGAAGCUGAAACGUGCAGCCCCGUCCCGAAACAGUCUUGCAUGGAACUGUUUCUCAGUAAAUCCGAAACAAGGGCGACGGAAAAGCGAGCAACACUGUCAGAGAGAGAGAAGGGAAGGAGGAUAAACUACGACUCGGACUUGGAAUCAAUACCCGCACGGCCCGUCAGGCAUACUCGGCAAGUCUCGGUCGAGGAGGCGGCUGCAGUUGGCGGAGAGGCGGCGUCGUCUGAGAAACCCGGACUGUCACCAAAGAAGAAGCUUUUUAGGGCAAGGGCUUCAGGGUCCGGGUUUUUCGAGGAAGUUGAACUAUGUGAGGAGGAGCGCCAUGCGGAGCUGAAUGCGGAAUUGGGCAGAAAAGGAGUCGCCGUUCGAUGGAGUGAUGUGUCAGUCAUUGAUUUGACAGGGGAUGAAGAGCAGCAAACACGCGCCGGGCUUGGUUUGCACGGGGAUUGA